GUGACCGUUGUCAAUCACAUCCAAUUCGACUCUCGAGUUCAUCCGGUCUUUUCCGAAAAACAACACUCGUCGUCUUGUCACUUUCGCAGUAACCGAACAAAAAACAUCACCGAAAAAAUGGCAUUCAUCAAGUCUUCAUUGGUAUUGGCCGUCGUAGCAGCUGUCGGCCGUUGCGAACCCAACGUACUCCCCGCCGUCGCCCCAGCCCCGUACGCCUAUCCAGGACUGUUGCCCUACUCAGCCGCGCCCGCCGCCUACCCGUACGCCACUUACCCGUUCAGAGCGCCGUUGUUGCCGGCCGCUUCCCGUGCCGUGGCGGCUCCACUGCAAGCGUUCCCGGCGCCUGCCGCCCGCUUCGCCGCCGCUCCGUUCCCGGCCGCCGCCGCCGUAGCACCGUUCCCGGCCAGCGCCCCACUGGUCCGCGCAGCCGCGCCUCUUCCCGUGGCCGCUGCACCGUUGCCCGUGGCCGCCGCGCCCGCCGUGGCCAAACUCGACUUCACAGACGCCUACCCGCAAUACCAAUUCGCGUACACAGUCCGGGACUCGCUGACCGGUGACGCCAAGGACCAAGAGGAAGUUCGCGACGGUGACGUGGUCAAAGGCCGCUACAGUCUGAUCGAACCCGAUGGCAGCCGCAGGACCGUCAACUAUUACGCCGACGACGUCAACGGAUUCAACGCUGUCGUCCAAAAGGACGUGCCAGUCGCCGCCCCUGCCGUUGUCGUAUAAUGAAUGACUGACACCGCCGUAUACGAUCAUCGCCGCCACUGACUCCGCCGGACAUAAUCUCUAUACCUAUAUAUAUAUAUAUAUAUAUAUUGUACGUGUAUUUUUAUUUUAUGUUUGUGUUUUCUUUUUGUACAUAACUUUUUUCUCGCUGUUAUAUUGUAUUAUCUUCUAUAUAUUUCAAGGCAAUAAAUAAAGUUUCU